GAAUGUGAUAAGAGGUGAUCUGAACAGGUGUUAUUGUUACCGCUAUUUCUGGUCAAAACGAGUACCAAAAUUGCACUGCGCUGUCUAACUAGCGUGCACGCGGUCUCAGAUGCUCAGCUGCGCCUUUCCUCCCACCUCAAGGCGGGAAAAUACAAAACACACCAAUGCGCAAAAAGUAGACUUACUCCGAAGGAAAACUGCAAAAUGACUGCGAAUGAGGCGACGCAGAAAUGGUGCUGGCAGGAAACUGGAUCCCUGUAAAUGCUAAACGAGAUGGUAUACUGUGUGUGCCAAAGCACAGGCUAUUAACCCGGGAGUGUUAAUGUUUGCACAACUAUAGAAUGUGUGAUCACGGAGGCAGUCAGCAGGUUGAUCUCAGUGGAAAACCACACACAUUUAUUCCGGUAACCCAAGGAGGUGCAAGAAGGAGCAAAUGACGAGAUGGUGAGAGCACACAUGGAAAAAGUAACUGAAGAAAAUGAGUAGCAACCACAAGGGAGUGAAAAGAGGCACACAAUAUCAAGCGUGUAGGCUGUCUCAGGGCUUGUUUAACAAAAUAUGAUAAAGACAAGUGUCAAUAUGGUGUGUACGCAUUGAGCGAGAAGAGCUUUGGAGACUCCAUCAGGCCAGAACCAACUCCAGACAGGAGAGGGCGCUCUAUGACCACACGUUGGAGUAGGGGCUGCAGCUUGGGGAGCUGAGCUGGCGGCAGAAUAAGUACCUCACCGGCCAAAUAAAACGGUAUGACGCCAAACUAUCUAGACUUUACUUGUUUAUCCUAUAAUCAUGGCAGGAAGCUGACUAUAAUUCACCAUCUAUGAAAUGUUGUUACCAACAGGCUAAGAACUAGUGUUUUUACAUUACUCAUAUUCUUGGUGGUUGAUUUUGUAUUCAGGGACCAACAGCAGCUGGCAAAUUUAUAAAAAUGAGUGAGGAUGAGGAUGAAGAAGCCCUGCGCCAGGAGAGUCUGUGAAGGAAAGCACCAAGUCGUAUAAGAAAAGGCUCAACUCGCCCAACUUGUCUGUCUGUCUGGUGGGAAAACCAACUUGUUUCCUUCUUUGUUUUCAAAGGAAAUGAUGCAUUCUCAUGUCAUCAUACUCUCUUUAAAGUGUUUGCUGCGUUGUGCCGAUGACUUGUGGCAAGGAAUCAGGGUAGCAAGAACAUCACCCUAUGUCCUUGUUUGCGUUUCAUGGGCCCGUCUGCACAAAAUCUGGACAACCCUGUCUGCAGUGUGUGGGGGACGACAAGUAAAGCAGCAGCAGAAGUUUCAUUCAUGCUGCCAGCAGCUUGAACAGGCUAGUAGGUUUAGUAACAUGGAUUUGCUCAGCGGUCCGUUGGGCGUGGGUUUAGUAGCAGGACUGGGCUGUGGGCUCGUCCUCGGUUGGCACUUUCGGGGUCGCUUUGGCCCCGCAUCCGAAAGCCCGACGGCAGCGCUGGGCAACAGCACCGAGGAGGUGAGCGUGAUGGGAGAGAGAGGCGAGUUCAAGAUGAUUCUGGUGGUCCGAAACGACCUGAAGAUGGGCAAAGGAAAGGUCGCUGCCCAGUGUUCCCACGCUGCUGUCUCGGCUUACAAGCAGGUGCAGCGCAGGAACCCUGAGCUUCUACGACAAUGGGAGUACUGUGGCCAGCCCAAGGUUGUUGUGAAGGUCCCCGAUGAGGACGCCCUGAUUGAUCUGCUGGGUCAUGCAAAAGAAGCUGGGCUUCCUGUCAGCCUGAUCCAGGACGCAGGAAGGACACAAAUCGCGCCCGGGUCACGCACUGUGCUAGGUAUCGGUCCUGGCCCCGCUGAUCUCAUUGAUAGUGUCACUGGAGACUUGAAGCUCUACUAGAGCUUCAGCUGGCAUCUGUAGGACUUGUACAAUUGAUUAAUUCUUAAAACUAUUUGGAAUGUAAACAAAGUUGGGAUCCCCUAAAAUUAAUAUCAGUUGACUGAAUGUUACAUCUAAGCUAUCUGAAUUGUUCUUUCUAGUGAUAGUUCUGUACCAGUGGCUUAAACACAGUCCAGUUGUCAUACAUUGCUCCACACCAACCAGUCUGCUGAGGCCUGCUUCUGAAGACAUGAUGUUCAGAUAUCGAUUCAUUGCACUAUUUGUAUUACUUUGUCUCAACACUUUUGUUCUCUGAAUGACAUUGGUUAUAUGGAGGUAGUAUAAAUAUUAUGUCACUGGGUGUCAUUAAAAAAAAAAAAAAAGCAUAAAACAUUUUAUAUGGACUUGCAUGCUGCAUUACAAUUAAACCUUGAAGUAAUUUUUAAAUACACAAGGAUGAAUACUUCCACCUACUGUUUUCUACUAGUGUGCUUCAGAUUUGUGCCAUCCAAGCAUUAGUACUACAAACUGAUACUGGCCAUACUGAGGUAGCAAAAACAGUUGAUUCAACAACUGACAGAUUAACUGGUUUUAAGGUACAGUAGGAUCAGCAUGUUCAGAAAGGGAGGCUGUGCCUAAAACUUGUACCAGCU